CCAACGACUGGACUCACCCCCUUCAGCUGUCACACAACAACCUCUUUAUUCAAUUCGACCAAGCAAGAAGCAGCAACAAAGGUCUCUCACUCAUCAUCAUUACUCGCAUACGACUGCACAUGGGAAUACGAAAGGAAGCAGACUGAUCAAGCAGCAGCACAGCGCCAAACUCGAAGGGCCAUCGAUCCAUAAUGUCUGUCGUCACAAAGGCUAGUGACGAGAAUGCUGUUCCUCCCUCAACUGGAAAGAAGAAGAAGGCUCGAAGGGUCUUUGGAAGCGUAUUGACGAAUGUGAACCACAGUCUGAGCUACUCGCCGUCGCCGUUCAAAGGCACUGAUGUAUCAUCGGACGGUACAAACUCUUCAUCAUCAAAGUGUCAAGAUCGCCUCGUCACCAACCUCUUUUCGAUUGACGAAAACGCUGGUUCUUCCUCUUUGAAAGAUGGGCGCAAAUCAAACCAAUCCUCGUCACAGCCCAGUGUGAGUCGUUCGGAGGCAUCGACAGUCAUACCGGUACCAGUAGUAUACAAGCCAUUUUCCAACAUUCUUGGUGAUCCAAAUAGCCUUGCUGUCAAAGAACGAAACCCUGAAAGAGUCUUUGUCCCACAGAGCAUCCGUGUUCCAGCCGACAAAACAUCCACCGAGUCCAAACUAUCAGUCGACAACUUUGGAUAUCCUAAGAGAGCUUCGAACCCCAACCCCAACAUCAAGUCCACUUUGCUUCGAAACACUGGUACGAAUGAGAUCAAUGGUCAACGCAGACAGGAAGUUCGUAGCGCGAAUGCAGCUCUGAACGCCGCCAAGAGAGCUCGAGAGAAGGCCAUGAGAGAAAAGGCGAAAGCUGCAGCUAUGAUCCGUGGUCAACUGAAGGAGGAGAAAGACGAGGCUUUGGAAUUCCACGAGGAAUCCAAGAAGAUUCGCCAAGAGCAACUCAAUCUACGAAGCCAACUCUCUUCCCAGUUUUCGAGAGCGAAAGCACAAAGGAACCAGCAAAAGAGACAAAUCCAACGUGAAGAGUGCGAGAAGGAAUCCAUCUUCAAAUCCACCGUGGCGCAAGAGCAGAAAAAAAGGCUCCAAGGAAUAGAAGAGAGGCGCCGUAGAGAAUCAGUUGCCAUUCGGACCAAGAUCCGUGCAAACAAUCGUCAAGGAGAGGAAAAGCUCAGACAGAUGAAGUUGGAGGAGGAAAGAGCAGUCCUAGAAGAACGUGAAAGCAGCAGUCUAGCCUUCAAACAAUACCAGAAGGAUCGUCGCAACAGUGUCAAAAAUAACUACCAGUUCAAAAGUGGUGAUGCCAUUCGGAUUCGGGAGCUCCACAACCAAAUGGAAUCACAACGACAAAAGAAACAGCAUGAGAGCUACGAGCUCACGUUCGCCGCUGAACGGGAUGUCGAUGGGUAUCGUCGUGAACAAGCUGAGCAACGUCGUCAAAGCCUGGCAUCACGCAACGCUGAGGCCAAGGAACAACGAGUAAAGGCCGAACAAACCUCGUACGAGGAGAAGCGAGCAGAGCACGAAAGCUAUGAUUUGAAACGAGAAGCCGAUCGAGAUGUCGACAACUGCAAGAAACUGCAGCUAGAGCAGCGUCGAGACAGUCUCGCAUUCCGCAACGAAGAAGGCAGAAAGCAUCGCCAGUUGCUGUCGGAACAACAAGGUCGGGAGAAAGCCUCAGAGCACAAGAGUUUCCAGCUCAAGUUUGCAGCAGACAAAGAUGUCGAAGCCUUCAAGCAGAACGAAGCAAGUAUGCGACGAAUGAGUUUGGAACAGCGCGGGGAGGCCGCUCGAGCCAUUCGCAAGAAGCAGAGCGAAGAGGAGGCUGCUCGACUGGAAAAUGAGCACAAGUCUUGGGAGUUGAAAUUUGCUGGCGAGAAAGAUGCAGCAGCAUACCAACGACAACUAGAAGAGAAUCGCCGCAAGAGUUUGAACCAGCGAAAUCAAGAAGCCAAAAAGCAACGCCAAGAGGAAGAAAAGCGCCGUACCCAAGAACUACAGAUACAGCAUGAGAUGUAUGAUCUGAAGUGGGAUGGCCAACGCGAUGCUCAAGCCUAUUUGAGGUCCCUGCAGGAAGAAAGGAGGCACAGCCUGAGCUCUCGCAACUCAGAGGCUCGAGAUCAACGGAAAGAAGCUGCAGAGCAGCGAUCAGCCCAACUUCGAGCUGAACACGAGAGCUUCGAGUUGAAUCGUGCCGCAAGCAAAGACGCAGAGGAAUACCAAAAGAAAACAGCACAGGAGCGACGGGAGAGCUUGGCCCGUCGAAACGAGGAGAAAGUCCGUCAUGCAAAGGUGAUGGAGGAACUGAAUGUUAUUUCCAAGGCUCACGAAGCGGAUUCCUACGCUCUCAAGUGGGAAGGAGAGGAAGAUGCAAAGGCGUACUUGCAAGAUGAAAAGGAGAAGCGGCGCAAAUCCCUUCAAUUUCGUCACGAAGAAGGCAAACGACAUCGGGAUGUUGAGGACGAAGUGCGGCGACGAGAGCUCGUGCAGGUCCAUGAGGAUGAAGAGCUCAAGGCAGCAGACCAUCAGGACGUGGCGAGAUACCAAAAAGAGUGCUCUGAACGAGACAGGACAUCCUUGGAGUUUCGUCGAAAGGAGGCAAUGAUUCACAGACUGGAGGAGGCCAAUCAACUACAGAUUGAACGAGAUCUCGAAGGUCGAAACAAGGAGAUCGAGGCAUUGGCCAGAAUCGAUGUUCAGGGGUACAUUAAGAGCUGCAAAAACGAACGACGCAAGUCGCUUGCCCAUCGAGCCAAAGAACGAAGGCGCCAUGCGGAUUGGGCAAGGCGCAAGGAACAGGAAGAGCAAAACCAGAGGAGCCUCGACGAGCGCUUGAGGGCUCGAGAUAGCCGGACCAUGGAACUUGCCCGACAGAAAGAACGCAGGGAUCGCGCCCUGGACGCGUUGCGUCAUUCGGAGUGCACAUUUUCAUCCUUCCCCUCAGCUUAGACUCUCGACACGUCUUGUAGUAUGAGCUUGUAGUGUACAAGUUCUUCCAUACGUAGUCUUUCGUAGUUUACAAGUUGCUUCGUU